UGUCACUUGCGGCGGUUGUUUCAACAUGGCGGCAUCUCAAACAAGACACGCAGGAUCUGGAAUAUUUUGGACAAAAAUUGGAAUGGACGAAGAGGUCUCAUGGAAGUCAAGUAGCAAUAGUGUCUCAAGUAAUAAUAGUACAAAGAUGCAAGCCAGACGACCUUCUGACUGCCAUAUUGAUGUGCCAUUUAAAAGAGGUGGCAAGAAACAGGGCUAUGUACAAAAUGAUCAAUAUAAUUGUGACGUUAAGAAAAAUGCAUCAACCUUUGCUUCUAUACCCACCGAGAAAACCACUUUCCCAAUGCAAGCUCCAAAACCUGCGAUAUUUGAAAGUACCACUGCACAGAGUCAAGUAGGUCUGAAAGACCUUUGUCCUGAAGACAAACGACGCAUCGCAAACCUCAUUGAAGAACUUGCCAGAGUAAGCGAGGAGAAGGAAGAGUCUGUAAAGCGCUUUCAAGAUGAACAUGAUAAUUUUGAAAUCAAGAUCCAACAUCUCGAGCAACAGAACCUGCUCAUAGCACAUGAAAGAGAAAGCCUUCAGCAGCAGUACAGAGAGUGUCAGGAGCUUCUUGGGCUCUACCAACAAUACCUUACUCAGCAGCAAAUAAAGCUCAACCAGUCCAACGCUGAGCUUAGCCAGGCACACACUGACUAUAAGAUACAGAGCAGUGAAGAAGCCAUUACUAAAACUACUGGUCAAGCUAAUGGUCUACUUUUUGAUGGCUCGUACCUCAGUCUUGCUGCUUGUCAAACACAUCAACCUGCAGUGUCCAGAAGAAGUAGUGGAAGAAGAGAAGCCCUGGAGCCCGCCACUAUUCCUACACCUGCUUCCUAUUACAGUAAAACCUGUCCAGUUGACUCUGGUCAGCAUCAGAUUCAGACAGGAGAAUCUGGUUUGCAGCAAGUAGCUUUCCAAGACAGUGGCUAUGUUACCCAACAACGUAGAACAAAAGGCCAUUAUCUUGAAAAAAAUUGUGAGAGCAACUUAAGCCAAAGAAAACAUUGGAUUGAACAAGAGAAGGACUUUGCCGCUGAGAAUAAAAAAACUACAACCAUCCCUCAGCUUGGUAGUGAGGACUGGGAAGAGAAGAUGCACCAGCUGUUGCUACAGAAGAUGCAGCUGGAGAUGGAGAGAGAGAAGCUGCAGACACGACUGGCUGAUCAGGAGGAGCGGCUUAGCAGACAAAAUCAGCAACUGUUACAGUCACAGCUUGACUGCAGAAGGACAUUGGUCGACAAUGGGACGUCACAGCCAGUCCUUCCUCAUAGCCAAGAUUUCCCCAUGAGUGGGAAUCAUCUUGCACAAAAGCACGUGCAUGACAACUGUUCACAAACUGCUCCGCUGGAUAAAAGUCUUCAUCUUUGUGGGCCAAUCACAUCUGCAAACCCGUGGCAUCACUGGCAAAUAGUAAUUUACAGUAGUUUUUGCAAGCUUGACAAGCAGCCAGCCAUUUGAUGCCAAAGCCAGUGAGGAAAUGAGUGAAAACAUCCAUCUCAUCAAGAAGAGCUGUCAAAGUGCUGUUAUUUGCUUUUGAUAAAACUGCUCGUAUGCCCCCUUCUCUCGUUGUUUAGAAGCAGGCAAUAUUACUUUAUUGUCAUCUGAGACAUAAGGCCUAAAACUAUUUUAGUAUCUUCCUACAGAACAUUAGUUAUAGGUCACGAAUAGGCAAGAAUGUUUUUAUGUAUACCUGAAUGUUAACUUAUUUCAGAGCUUAGACCCCGAGGUCAUGCAAGUACACACUAAGGAUGUCAUGAUCCGAUACUGCAUUUUUUGGAGUAUUGGACAGAAUCUGAUUUGGUUACAAAAUCGUCUCCAAUCCAAUAGUCGUGUGUUAUUUUUACUGGUCUAAAAAUAUCGGUAUUAGAUUGGUAUUGGCAAAAUAUAGCUUGAGAAAAAUCAGAUCGAAUUGGAAGUAAAAAAUCGGCAUCGGAACAUUCUGUGAUGUUGCAGGAUGUUGUUUUCGUCAAUGAUGGCGAUAACAAAAAUAUUUCAUGGACGAACAUUUUUCUCAUGACGAUUAAGCGACAAUGACGAGCUAAAAACAUGUCUUGGAUGACUGUAACAUAACGAGAUGCUUGCCAGUUUUCAUCUGAAGAGACAAAAAUGCAAUAUAGUUUCUGUCAUAUUAUCACAAUAUGUGACAUUUGCCUAUUACAUAUGCAUAGUUAGCCUGAGGCUGCAUCGUGACAUGUCCUGACAUAUGGUCUUACAGUAUGUCAAAUAUAAUCAGACUGAAAGAAGAAAGUAAUGCUUUGUAUUGGACAAAAAACGUGGUGGCAACAAUACUACUAAUCUGCAGGAGCACGUUGAAGUUUGCCACACUGAUAUUAAUUCAAAAGUAAGUUGUAAAAGGUCAUUUUAAGGCAUCAUAGGCAUACGAUUUCUUUCAGCAAAUGGUCCGUUAUUAUUUUGUAAUAUGUAAUUUCCACAUUUUGGUGCAAACGACACGCAGAGUUCAAUAUUUUAGCUUGUUUGUGCUGCUAACUUCAGCAUGUUAUGUUACGGGAAGAACAUUUGGGCAUAUUGCCAUCUGCUUCAACCCAUAUUUGGACUGUCCGAAACAUAUUGUAACUAAUUGGGUUGCAUGUAUUCUUCAGGUAGCAAUGUUGAUGUUGAAUUUUAAAUGCUGUCCCUAAAUGCACCUCAGGACUGAUUGGAGAGAUAAUGGGAGGGAUGGGCGAGUUGGUAAACUAAGACCUUUGAAUUUUUACUACGAAAACAUUUUGAGUAUUCGUCUACAAAAACUAGACGAAGACUAGCACAUUUUGAAAUUACUAAAACAUAACUAAGACUGAUAAGUGUUCUUGUCCGAAAGACAAAGACGAAAAUUAAAGGGAUCCACGGAUAAAAAGACAUGUAAUUCUUAAAAGAUAAAAGUUGGU